GUUCUAAGUUGGAAUUUCCUCCUCAUUCUUAGUAAAUUACUGUACAGAUUUUGGUAGAUUACAUAGGAACUCUACAUCUGUGACGUUGUGUUCCCCGGACAGAAUUGUCAGUGCACUCAUAAUAAUACAACAACACACGCUUGACAAAGAGGAUUUAUAGUCGUUUCUGUUUCUCGUAUAUAUCGGUUUAAAACUUUUUUUUAACUUAUGGAUAAUUAUCCUUUAAUAUCUGACGAAUAACAUCCGGAAAAGUUGAUUUCGUGUAGCCGUUAGGUCACAUAAUGCUAACUCGCCCACACUAGCCCGUGCUAACCUGUCCGAUUAAUUUUCUAACGCCAUUAGCGGAAGUUUUAUUUAUUUUUUGCCAACUGCAGCUCGGUGAUUUUCUUUUUGAGGGGUAGCUUUGCUGUAAAGCAGUACAUUGCGCCUUUUGGGUGGGGCGUUUUAAAUCAAGCGUGUUGUUGCGGGUCUCGGAUCAGCGGGUGACGCAGCGAUGCCUACGGUGAUCUUAAUGGACGUGUCCCUGUCCAUGACACGGCCAGUGUCCCUGGACGGCAUCGAGGAGUUCCAGAGGAAAAACCUGGCCGUCCACGGACUCAACAUGCUGUUUGAACACAUGGCCUCCAACUAUCGCCUGGAGUUCACUGCGCUGAUGGCCUUCUCCUCCCUCUGGGAGCUGCUGGUGCCUUUCACCCGGGAUUACAAUGCUUUACAGGAGGCACUUAGUAACUUGGAGGACUACGAUAAAACAUGCCUUGAGUUGGCUCUUCAAGGAGUCAGCAGCGUUGUUCAGCAGGAGUGGGGCAGUGCCUGUCCCUGUCAGGUGGUGCUGGUUACAGACGGCUCUCUUGGGAUCGGAAAGGGUUCCCUACGCCAAUCUCUUCAAAGCCUGAAACAUCGCGGUGACGACAAAAAGUUUCCGCUCCCUUUCCCUUUCCCCACCAAACUGUUCAUCAUGUGUGUAGCCAAUGCCGAGGAGUUGCAAAUGACUGACGCCAUGGAAAACCUGGAGGAGCUCCUCCGUCUCAGUGGAGGGGAUGGACAGAUCUUCACCGUGGAUGGCCUGCUUUGCAUGAAGAGUGUGCAGGCAAUGUUUGGGAUGCUGAUUGACCGGGCGUACUCCCCCUUCCACGCCGUUCUGCACUGCGGGAAUCUGUCUUCAGACGUUCAGGUGUUCCCUCGUCCCGAGCCUGUGGUGGUGGACGAAGAGGUGGAGCCUAUUCCCCGAACUGUCAGCACAGAUUUGGAAAUUGUGGGCUUCAUUGAAAUUGCAGAUAUCUCCAGCCCCCCAGUUAUAUCCAGACACUUGGUUCUUCCCAUUGCUGUAAACAAAGAAGUGGAUGAAGUUGGCGCUGGAGCAACCGAUGAGCUUGAAGAGGAACCUUCAGCCAGCCAAAUGGCCGGGAAAAGCCCAAAUUUCUGUGUUCUGUUACACGGUAGUCUGAAGGUUGAGGGGAUGGUGGCUCUGGUCCAGCUGGGCCUUUCCUGCUUUGGUCCCAGGCCGGAGUGGUUUGGCAUGUUGUACUCCCAAGCAGACAGCAAGAAGAAGUCAAACCUGAUGAUGUCUUUGUUUGAGCCCGGUCCCGAUCCUCUACCUUGGCUGGGCAAGAUCUCACAUUUGGGACCAGUUUCGGAGGCUGCUGAAAACCCCUACGGAGAGGAUGACAGUAAAAGCCCGUUCCCUGUGCAGCCACAGGUCAAACGGAGCUACGCUCAGAACGUCACCGUGUGGAUCAAAGCCAGCGGACUACAGACUGAUGUUCAGAAGAUCUUGAGGAACGCGAGGAAACUACCCGAUAAAACGCAGACCUUCUAUAAGGAGCUAAACCGUCUGCGGAAAGCUGCCCUGGCUUUUGGUUUUUGGGAGCUCCUGAAGGGCGUGGCCGAACUGCUGGAGAGGGAGUGCACCAUGCUGCCCGACUCGGCGCACCCCGACGCCGCUUUCCAGCUGUCUCACGCGGCACACCAGCUCAAACUGGCCAGUUCUGGGGACUCGCAGUACGCCGCCUUCGAGCACAACAUCGCCCCGAUGCACACAGACUUCUCCAGCUGAGCUGGAGAGUCAGACCGAUUCUGAACCAGAGGGAACUGAAACCGUACAGACUGGGCUAGUCCAAAAUGUCUGCCGAGGGACACAAGGACAAAAAAAAAACUUUGUACAUAUUCUUUUUUUUUUUUUUUUUUUUUAACAUGUUUCUUUGUAGAGUGUUUUACUAGACACACCAGUAAUUAAAUUGAAUUUUUAAUUCUGUGUCAUAAGUUAUCAAAAUGACAAUACAAGGGACAUUUAGGAUAAUUAAAAGAAUAGAAUAAUAAAGAUGCGUACUGGGUCGCAGCUGAGCUGGAAAGAAAGACAGAA